GUCAAAGCCCACAUUUAAACUGCUGCCUGCCUGUGCAGCAGCCGAAGGACUACGGAAUGGAUUUAAUAGACCAGAAUCCUCAGUUAAAACAGCUCGAAACCAUUUCUACUACUGCCUAGCAACAAUGAAGGAGGGAAGAGAGGCAAAUCCUAUUACUAGAGGCAACUGAACCACUACGUGCUAGCACUCACUGCUAACAUUACCGUUAGAAAUAUGGAUACAGGGGAGAGGAGAACACAGCACUGCAUUGUCCGACAAGGGAAACACCAGAUGUAAAAGCUCCAAUCUAUCGGCUGGGAACGCCAGACAGCCCCGACUGCCGGAGCACGAACCAGAACUACCGUCCUUUUGUUUGAAGGAUGAACAAAAAGCCCCAAGACAAGGACAACACUUAUGAGCGAGGAAGGUAACGCAGCAACGAGCCGACAGAUGGACAGAUUGGAUACUGUGAAAAGCAAUCGCAGGAAGCAGACUGUUGGGGGAUGUGCGCAUGUUCGAUAGCAUCUUUUUUGCUGAAGUGAUGGCGUGCCAAAACUAUUUUCUGUGGGUAUAAUCCUCGCACCAUAAAUGGCCUGACCAGGGAAGAGAGCCAUUUGCAGAGAAUUCCUCGACAUGAACAAAAGAAAAUGAGUACCAAAGAAUAGCAGUGGAUUUGGAAAGGAAGCAAACAGCAUUUUGCUUGGCCAUUGUCUCACACCCCGCCAUUGGAUUCUUACAACAUGCUUCAGUGGAGAAGACGACACUGCUGCCUCGCAAAGAUGACCUGGAAUACCAAAAGGUCUCUAUUUCGCACCCACCUUAUUGGUCUGAUCUCUCUCGUAUUUCUUUUUGCCGUGUUUCUCUUUUUUAACCAUCACGACUGGCUGCCAGGCAGGGCGGGCUUUAGAGAAAAUCCCAUGACUUACACAAUCCGAGGAUUUAGAUCUACAAAAAGCGAGAUGAACCACAGCUCCCUACGGAACACGUGGAAAGAUGCCGUACCUCAGACCCUCAGGCCUCAAAUAGUCACCAACCCCAACAACACUGACCUGUCGCCUCAAGGAGUAACUGGCUUGGAAAACACCCUCAGCGCUAAUGGAAGUAUCUAUAAUGAGAAAGGCACUGGGCAUCCAAUCUCGUAUCAUUUCAAAUACAUCAUCAACGAGCCUGAAAAAUGCCAGGAAAAGGUCCCUUUCCUGAUUUUGCUCAUAGCUGCAGAGCCAGGCCAAGUGGAAGCCAGACAGGCCAUUCGACAAACCUGGGGUAAUGAAAGCCUAACGCCUGGCAUCCAAAUCGUUCGCAUCUUCUUGCUGGGGCUAAGUACCAAGACAAACGGGUACCUCCAACGUACCAUACAGGAGGAAAGCAGACAGUACCACGACAUCGUCCAACAGGAAUACUUGGAUACCUAUUAUAAUUUAACCAUUAAAACACUGAUGGGAAUGAACUGGGUUGCGUCUCAUUGUCCAAGCGUUCCUUACGUUAUGAAAACUGACAGCGAUAUGUUUGUCAAUACAGAGUAUUUAAUACACAAGCUUCUGAAGCCAGAGCUUCCUCCUAGGCACAAAUAUUUUACAGGAUAUUUAAUGAGAGGUUACGCACCUAACAGGAACAAGGAUAGCAAGUGGUAUAUGCCACCCGAUUUGUAUCCAAGUGAACGUUACCCUGUAUUCUGCUCUGGAACUGGUUAUGUUUUUUCUGGAGAUUUAGCAGAAAAAAUCUUUAAAGUCUCCUUAGGCAUCAGACGUUUACAUUUAGAGGAUGUAUACGUGGGGAUCUGCCUUGCCAAGCUGCGAAUUGACCCCAUGCCCCCACCCAACGAAUUUGUCUUCAAUCACUGGCGAGUUUCUUACUCCAGCUGUAAAUACAGCCACCUAAUUACCUCCCAUCAGUUCCAACCUAGCGAACUGAUCAAAUACUGGAACCACUUACAACAGAAUAAGCACAAUGCCUGUGCCAAUGCAGCAAAAGAAAAAGCAAGCAGGUAUCGCCAUCGUAAACUGCACUAGAAGGACAACAUUCCCUCUGUCAAAUGUAUUCCAUGUGCAAUUUGUAAAUAUUGCUGAACGCAUGUACAGUGAAAAUGGAUGAGCUUAAUGGGACAGCCUUCAGUUGAUGCCCAUCACAUAGUGGAGUCUGAAAAUUAUUUUUUUAAUUUAAAAAAAAAAAGAAUAGUUCUUGAUAACACUGAUAUUAUGAAACCAUAACCAAAAGGUUUGCCCAGCAAAUUUGAGGGAAAAAAAUGGAGAUAUAACAAUUUUUUUGUGUUAACGUGCAAUAAUAAGCAUGCACACUUCAGUGGUACAAUUGCUGACUUAUGUGCCAAUAAAAUCUAAUUGAGCAUAUUUUCCACACAAAUCUUAUUUUUAAGACAAUGCAUUCAUAGCUCUUGCUCUUUUAAACGUAACGAUUUCUUGUCAAGGAUUGCUCUAAGUAAAACAAAAAACAAGAAGCAAAAGAAAUACACAAAGGGGAGAUGAAUUUUACCUUCAAACACCACAUGCAAUUUACCCCACACUUCUUAGGAACGCAACACACUCAGCAGCAUCACAUUUAAAAUUAAGACACUAUUACAGUAACUCUAAAACAAUGCAGAAGUACUUGCUUAAAGUAAGCCCACUUUUAGCAAGGUUGCUUUUUUGGUGAGGGAAAAAAGAAUAAAGGAAAACAAAGCUCAGAAAACCACUACUUUGCACAUCUCCUUCUGAAACUCACAGCAGGUGUUCUCAAUUCAGGUCUAGUUUCUCCUCCAAGUUAUUCCCUAUAAGUCAUAGGGUAAGCCCCUCAGUCUGGGUGCCAAGUAACAUUGGCACCUACACGCAGAUUCAUUCAAUCUGCUAUUCAUUUCCUUACAUAACUUCAAGACGGCUCAAAGGCUAAAAAGAAAUGCAAAAAAGCCUUUCACCACAGUCUAAAAUGUCCCAUUUUGUAGAAAGAAGGAGAAAACCAACUCAAUCUUGGUUUCUUUUACUAUUUGCUGCCUAUCAGAAAAAGGAUCAGCCAAGCUAAAAUAGGACUGCAAGAGGAAAUUAAGCCCAACUUUACCUUACUAAAGUCAUAUUAAAGAAGACUGAGUCGUAACACUGUCAUUUCCAGAUAGAAUUAUGGGCAAGAACAAAAUGGAAGACAAAUUAAAAAUUUAAACUACAACAUCUGUCACCGAAAACAAGAUGGGAGAAGUAGGUUAAAUCUACUUGCAGGUUUCCAAAUUUUUUAACAAGCAGAACUUUUCAAGUUUACUUUCCAGCAAAGCACUAUUGCAUUGGAAUCAGGUUAUUGCUACUUGUCACAGUAAGCAGCACUCACCUGUGAUUUAGCAGCAGAUGAUGGAACUGUGAUUAGUUUUGUUUGACCGGUACUUUUUAAUUGGGUAAAACACAAUUAUUUGAUGUACUUUUAUUAUUUAAUAAAACUGAUUAUAUUUAUGGUCCUUCAGAUUUCACUUAUUAAUGGUAAAGUUACUGAGGAAGAAAUAGUUGGCUAGCAUUAGCAUUACUUGACUUUUCCUCAUUUCCCCUAAUUUUCAUGCCAUGUACAAUACAGAGGUUCUAGAAGGUGUUCAUUUUCCUUUGUAAAGAAAAGAUGAAUGGUAUUACUGAGCACCUUAAUAUUAACUAUACCCAUAUUAACUAUCGUUAUUCAAGCUUAAAGCAAUCUAGCAAUUUUUAGACAACUGAAGAAAGCCAGCUACUACCCAGGAGCAUUUGGCUGUAUACGACGUACAGCCACACAAGCAGCCUCUCCUUGAGUCAUGCUGGCCAAGGACACAGUCCUCCCUCCUGGAGGGGGCUUCAACACCAUUCCCUGCCUUCAGCAUUUUCAAGCUAGAAUGUAAUAUAAUGUACUCUACUUGGACUUUCCCAACUCUGGCUAGUUCAAAAUGCUGUUACUGGCUUCUGGGUACGGUCCAAGAGGUUAAUAACUAAACCUUAAAUAGUUUGGCACUUUAAUUAUGAAGUUUGGCAGCCAAACAACCUCUCGGGUGUACUCCACUUUGGAGCUCAUGCACGAUACCAAUCUGCCCGAGUUUGGCGGAAUUAUGUUACAAUACCUAUGAGUUCAGCACACUGAACUUCUUUCUACUUAAAAUAGAAGAAGUUGCAAGUUAAAAAAAAAAAGCCAUCUGUAAUGUUUUUAAGAGCCUGACAAUUUUUGGAACUUUGAAUUAGUACUUGGGAAUCAUUUGAAAAUAAUCUAUAAACAUAACAUACUCAAACCAUUAUCUAAACAGUCAACAGCUACUUAAAUCUUGUGUGCAAGUAUUGUUUUCUUGCAGUCUGUUAUGAAGCUUUCAGAAAUGGGAGGGGAGAGUGUGUAUUGUGAAAUAUGCAAUUACAGAAUGAAAGAUCUCUCUUCCAUUCUUUGUGUUGUUACCACUCCAUAGCUUGCAUUGAAGCUAUUUGCCCAAUGUAGAAGAGCACAAAAACAGCUGAUGUUAAAAACAGUGCAAUUAUUGAUGUCAUUAAAACCUUUGACAAGUUUUCACACGUCCUAUCCAACAUAAGGCAGGACUAAAAAUGCAUUGUUAGUAGCAAUAGGAUAAAAGUUUCUAUUUGAGUUUAAUGUAUCUGCAAUGCAGUAAAAAAAAAUUGGAUAACA